UGCGCCAAGUUUCGGUCAAAACGAUCAAAGCAUGACAGUUUUGCUCCACGUAAUGCAGACGCCAAUCCGACUUUAAUUGGCGUAUUCUAAUAGUGUCCUGAUAAACUGGAGCAGCAUGGACUGCCGCUGAUAAAAAGGUCACAUAUUAGCAGCUUAAGGAAUAAGAAAACACAGCACAGCUUAAAAAUCGGAUAUGUCUGAAGCCGAAGAGGAGACGCCAAUACCAGCGGAAGACACCCACGUCUUUAUCAGUGCGCUAGAUUCGUACAUUGGUAGAAACUUAGCUGAAAUCUUCUCCGGACAAAUACAAGCGGUAAGUCCCGAAGAAGAGGAGGAGCUUGAAGAGGAAGAUAAGGUGGAGGAGGAAAAACCGUCUUCUACGAAAAUUCACGGUGUGCAGAGAGAGCAAAAAGACAGUGGUAUAAGUGACUCUGAAACCGUUCUGACCUCCUCCCAGGCCACCGAUCGAGAUACUUUGUUGGCUUGUAUGGAGCUAUGUGAAGUAAUAAUUUACGACAUCACAGUUGGAGGACAGGACAUGAUCGACGAAGCGACAUGGGCAGUGGAAACGCUACACGACCGGCUGGAACUGUGGCCUAAGAGGAAAACAUUCAUUUUGAUAUCAACCGUAAUGACAUGGGCAAAGACCAAGCCCGUAGAUCCAGAUGACCCAGACACUCCAUUCACUGAAGAAGAUUACCGAAGACGUCGAGCUCAUCCCCAUUUUCAAGAGCAUCUUAAAUGCGAAAAGACAACUUUUGCGUCGGGAAAAACCAACAAGAAGAAAUUUAAGACAUACGUGAUAGCUGCUGGAGCAACAUUUGGAAAGGGAGAAGAUAUUUUCCACUCCUGGAUGAAGCAAGCCUGGCACAAUGAAAAAGAGCUUACUGUGUACGGUCGUGGUAAUAACGUUAUACCAACCAUUCACGUUCUGGACCUUGCUCAACUGGUCCAGUACACAUACGAGAAACGCCCGCCAUCGCGCUACAUUUUGGCCGUGGACGGGCUGUCAAAUACACAGCGCGAGAUAGUGAAGGCUAUCAGCAUGGAACUUUCAACGGGCCAAGUAAAAAGAGCGGACAAAGAGGACAUUUUCCUCACGGAUAUGACCCUUCUGCAUGCUGAUCUGAUCACGAGUGACCUUAAAAUGGAGGGUAUCGUUUUUGCUGACGACAUCGAAGAGAGAAGGUCUGAAGAAGGUUUCGUAGAGGGCAUUCUCAGUGUGGUCAAAGAAUACAAAGCGGAGAGAAAACUACAGCCUAUGCGCAUAUGCAUCUUGGGACCCCCUGUAUCUGGGAAAACCUUUCUGGCACAAAAGCUGAGCAAGGCGUACAAGCUUCACCACCUGCGCGUGGAUGAAAUAAUAGAGAAAGCAAUCAAGGAUCUGGAGGAGAUCGCGCACCCGCCGAUCCCAGACGACCCACCCGUCACGCUCCCCGAAGAGAAGCAGAGCAACGAAGAAGCUGGCUCGGAGCAGCAAGAGGAAGAAGAAGGAGAAGAACAGGAGCCUGAAGACUUCGAGGAAGAAGUAGAGGAGGAGGAAGAAGACGAAGAUAAGAUGACCCCCGAAGAGGCCCAGGAAUUACUGCAGGAUAUCAAAGAUCAAAGAGAAGCUAACAAAAAUGGUCGAUUGGAUGAAGCCACAGUGCUGCAAUUCGUUGAGGAUCGGAUUAGGUCCAAGCCUUGUCAGAACCAAGGAUUUGUACUGGACGGAUAUCCCAAAAUAACGGAACAGGCAGAGGGAUUAUUUGGGGCGGAUGAGGAAGCAGAUGACAUUGGUGAGGAAGACGAACCCCAAUAUAAUCGUGCGACGAUGCCAGAGCUUGUGAUCGCACUGAACGGAACCGAUGAGUUUUUAUGUGAGCGGGCAAUGAAUCUCCCGGAGGAGGUUGUGCAGGGCACCCACUGGACGGAGGACGGUGUGCUGAGGAGGCUGACUGAGUACAGAAACAACAACAAAGAGGACGUCAGCGUGCUGAACUUCUUCGACGAAUUGGAAGUGCACCCAUUGGAAAUAAACAUAUCCGACGAUACCAGCCCUGAACUGGAAGAGGAAUUCCAGAUGAUCUCUAAGAAACUGGGGCCGGCCAGAAACUAUGGGCUGACGAAGGAAGAGGCGGAGGAAGAACAUCAACGCCAAGAGGAGGAAAGGACAGCGAGAGAAGCACGACAGCGGGAAGAGACGGACCGAUGCACACGGGAGGAAAUGGACAACCGAAGAAGAGAGCAAAUGAUCUGGAUGGAGAAAAUCACGGAAGUGAAGCUACAAGAGCUGGAAGCGCUAGAGGCACGGUCUUUGCCUCUCAGAAAUUACUUGAUGAAGCACGUGAUACCAACGUUGACUCAAGGUCUUUUAGAGUGCGCUAAGGUGAAACCAGAAGAUCCUGUAGAUUUUCUGGCCGAGUAUCUGUUUAAAAACAAUCCGCAAACAAACCUAGUGGAAUGGGAGGAGCUGCAAAAAAGCAAAGUGGAGGAAAAGGAAGCAGCAAGGAAGGAAAUGAUGAAGACGUGGCUUGCAGAUGCUAAGCCACCUGAAGGCAACGACACCGGGAAUGAUCAGAUGGAGCCGAAAAAAGAGGGACUGGAGUCGACCUCAGCACCUGAAGAACAACCGAAAACUGCUGAAAAGAAACCAACAGAAAACGAGACGGGUUAAAUGCUCCAGCGCCCAAAUUUACAUGAAGUGGCAACGGAUUGCAUGGGAAGAUAAUUUAUGCCCGCAGAAGCAUCAUAGGUUAUUAGUGCCGUGGACAUGCUGUAUUACAACGCGCAUCUGUAGCCUGCUUAAUAUGUCGUAAGGGAACACUUGUGAUAGAUAUGGACUGCGCCGGACGACGUGUUUUGCGUGCUGUGGCAAAAAUGUCAAACGCUUCCAAAAUUGCAUCGCCUAUUACCUUAUUGUGAGGUGAUGGAAGUAUAUUACAAGUGAACAGUCCGAA